CUGUUUAGAUGAAAGCUCCACCCACAGGUGAGACAACUCCUCAGAGAGAGAAACUCACCACACAACAAAUAUCAAACACAUUCACGAUCACACACACGCUCACCCACUCUGAACUCUGAGCACGCACCGACGCAAGUGUCCUGACCAGAAAGUGCCGUGCGGCGUGAAGCGUGGAGCAGCCAACUGGAGGCCGAAUACAGAGGAAAAGAUACUGACCCUGUGGCUAGAGAAGAAUCGAGAUGGAGACUCUUCAAGAACGCAAGCCAAAAAGACCCCACUAUAUUCCCCGACCACCAGGCAAGCCUUUCAAGUACCAGUGCUUCCAGUGCCCAUUCACCUGCAACGAAAAGUCCCAUCUUUUCAACCAUAUGAAAUACAACUUGUGUGAAAACUCCAUCUCCCUCGUGUCACAGAAAAGUGGGCAAACAGCUAGACAGAUGAAGGCAAUGGCAAAAGCAAUCCCUCCUAAAACUAGGGAUUUAACAAAUGCCCAACCAGCAGUUCAGAACAACACUCCGGAGCAGCAGGGAGCCGAAGAGAACAAAGCUGAGAGCACAGAUGACACAGAAAAAGUCGAUGUGGGGUGUGACAGUCCAGUCAUCAAGGACAGUCAGAGUGCAGCAAAGCCAAAUACGGUUUCAGAGACAGAGAGCACGGAAAGCAACGAGGAAAAGGAUCAGACGCGCCCAUCUGCCUUCUCCCCUGUCACACCCAACCGUGACGGAGCAGAAGCUUUCAAGGCACCUGUGAAGCAGACCGAGGAUUUGCAAGCUCCUGUUCCCACUUUCAACCACCCACGCUUCCAAUGGGGCACGGUUUCAUCAUCCAUUCCCUUAAAACCAUUCACGCCUCUCUUGGUUCCUGAAUAUUCUCCUUAUCUCCUGCCUGAUCGACCCCUAUAUCCACCUUACUAUCUUCCAGGAAAUCACCAUGUGAAUGAGCCAAACUCUCCUUCCUUCCAGGCAGAUUUUCUGGAUCCCCAGAGGCCUAUGGUACAACAACCAGUGACCCCAGCUAACACUUCCCCAUUUCCCUCUUUCCCAUACAGGUACUGCCAUCCUCUUCACCCAGGGCACCCACUGCCUUACACUCUGUACAGACCCCACGAGCUUUCUAUGCCAAUUGCAGGACACAGAUAUAUUCCUUUGGAUAUGUAUGGCCCAACUUUUGGCCAUAAAGACUAUGACUUGUACAUACAUUCACGUGCCAGUCUGAACCACCCACACACUUCUACACAAGCAGAGAGCCACCACGGGCAAAGUGGAGACAAGGCAACAAGGCUGAGUCCCAAAGAGGGCAGCUCAGCUCUGGGAUCCCCUGACAGACCCAGCCAAGCUCACAUCAUCCAGCGAGACAUAGAGGCGCUGCAGUACACCAACAUCAGUGAGUCACAGAUCGGCCGACAACUAGGAAACGCGUCUACAGCGGUCCAACCCAUCAAAAAUGACUUAAGACCAGAGGAGUGUGCAGACAUGUCAGCUCAGCACGUAGGCAGAGGAUUAGCUGAGAACAGCAGAUUUUCCUUCAUGCCUGAUUCUGAUCCACAUCCUGAAACUUCAUCAGAGCAUCACCAAGUCGACAGUGCAGAUGAUGUGGCUCCCCUCAACCUCUCAACAAGAAACCAAGACAAGGAAAAAAUUCAGUCUGUCGACAGAUUGAGCUGCUCAGACACGGUAAAAUCAGCAGAGCAUGAGUCGCCCCUGAACCUCAGCCUCAGAACUUCUCAGACCAGCCCUGUAUGCAGCUCUCCAACAAGCACUUUAGAAGAUCUUCAGCAGAGCUCCAUUGAAAAGCUGGAUGAAGAGCCUUGUGACCAGAGGCAGACUGCAGCUCUGGCACUCUGUCAGCUAGCCAUUGCAAGCUCUGCAGCGUCUUCACGUGACUUCAGUACUAUAGAUGAGCCCUUGACAGAUUCCACAGAAGCUAAAAGUCCUGUUUCUCAAGAGAAGAGCAAACAAACGACCAGGGCCAAGGCAACAGCCAUGAAAAGACCACACAGUGGCAAGGCUGAAAACAAAUGCCAUAAACCAAAGAGAGUAAAAGCGCCCGGACGGGUACUGAGGAGGAGAUCUCGUUGCUGCUAACAACUAAUCUCUGACUAUAAUAAGGACUAUCGCUGAUCUAAAGUCUAAAAGCCUCAUUGAUAAUGGACUUCUUAUUGUAUUGCUUUAGCACUGAAAGAUUUGACUGUUUUAGCCAAUAGCACUGCUACAAGGUUAAAAAUGUAAAAUGUUACACUUUUCUUUUUUUUAAUCUCAGAAAUGACUUGAAAAAGUGAUGAGCAAAUUUUGCAAGUUUUCUAAAAGUUGAACGAUUUUGUAAUGCAGACAACUGUAAAUGUUUUAUGUCAUGUGUAUAAAGAUGCUUAAUAAAAUAAUAAAAGUUAACUUGUU